GCCACAGUUUCAUAUUAAGCGUUGAAGCGCUCGGAUCGGCUGCCCGCGAGGGAGAGACGCACCGGCACCCACGAGGCGCAAACUCACCGUCCCAUAAUGACCGUGGAGAGGAUAUUCGACGAGAUCGGACAUUUCAAACGAUUUCAGGCAUGUGUGUACUUCGCAGCAGCCUUCCAGGUGAUAGCCUGUGGGAUCCACUACCUGGCCUCUGUAUUCUUAGUGCAGACGCCAAACUUUGUGUGUGGGGGGCCAGGCAACAUCACUGAGGUCCUAUAUGGUAACCUGACAGCGUCUAGCCUGAAGGACAUCCUACCAAUCUUCAAGGCAGGGACUGGGCCCUUGGUAGUGACGACGGGUGGGGGGGAGCAGUGGCAGCUCAGCCGGUGCCACAGCGCCACGCGCAUCAACCCACAACCCUUUACAGACACCUUAUAUACCAACAAAACAGUGAAAGCCUGCGAAGGGACCUUUGUCUACGACCUCACUGAAGUUCACCAAAGCAUUGUGACGGACUGGGACUUGUGUGUGUGUGAGAAGGAGUGGCUAGCUAUGCUGUGCCAGCCUACUUUCAUGCUGGGGGUGCUGAUCGGUGCGUUGGUGUUUGGGGACCUUGCUGACAGAAUUGGUCGUGUGAAGAUCAUGAUGUUCACCAGCUGUGUCAGUUUGUCCUCAGGGGUUUCUGUAGCAUUCUCUGCGAACUAUUUUAUCUUUGUGGUGCUCCGCUUUCUUCUUGCAAUGGUGUCCAGCGGCUACCUCGUGGUGGUGUUUGUCUACGUCACAGAGUUCACUGGCAUUAAGGUACGCACAUGGACCUCUAUGCACGUGCACGCGGUCUUUGCUGUGGGCAUCAUGGUGGUGGCCCGCGGCUACCUGGUGCGGGUCUGGUGGAUCUACCAGAUCAUCCUCUCCACCUGCACCUCGCCUUUCCUGCUCUUCUGCUGGAAGUUUCCUGAAACACCCUUUUACUUGAUGGCCAGGGGCCGUUACAAGGACGCCCAGGCCCUGCUGGACAAUAUGGCCCGCUUCAACGGCCUCGAAUGCAGGCUGAAGGUGGAGGACCUGCUGGAGCCGGAGGAGAGAGAGAACGGCACAGCUCUGCUGGGGCAGGAGGAGGAGCGGCCAGCACCAUCUGAGAAGAAGCUGUCCAUCCUGUCCCUGUUCGGCAGCUGGAGGAUGGCGGGCCGUACGUGCACAGUGUGGUCCAUCUGGUUCAUCGGCAGCCUGGGCUACUAUGUCUUCUCUUUGGGCUCUGUCAACUUAGGAGGAAACCAGUACAUGAACCUCUUCCUAGCUGGAGCUUGGGAGAUCCCCUCUUAUCUGGUUGGCUGUUUUGCAAUGGAUCGGAUUGGCAGGAAGAAGACGUGCGCCCCAGCUCUGCUCCUGGCCGGGGUCGCCUGUAUGCUCAUCAUUGUGGUACCUGCUGAUAUUGAUGCACUGGCCAUCGCUCUGUGUAUGAUAGGGAAGUUUGCCAUUGCAAUCGCCUUUGGUCUCAUCUACCUAUACACCUGUGAGCUUUACCCAACCAUUAUCAGGUCUCUGGCAGUGGGUAGUGGCAGUAUGAUAUGCCGUGUUGGCAGUGUGGUGGCCCCCUUCUGCGUGUAUCUGGCUGAUUACUGGAUCUACCUACCUCAGCUCAUCGUGGGAAUCCUGGCGUUUAUUAUUGGACUGCUGACGUUGUUGUUGCCUGAGACCCUUGGCAGACCUCUCACAACCACUUUGGAAGAGGCUGAAGCUCUGGGAAGAGAGCCCAUCAAGACGAACUCAACCCUGGGGCAUAAUGAUGCUGAGGACAGGUUGGAGAUGAACCAACAUGAAGCCAAGGCCUGAAUUGUACACUGCUGGAAUCCAAGAGAGACUGACGUACAAAGAAGCUUUGGGGGACAAAAAUAAAGGAAGAAAGAGAGGAAAUGGUGCCUGCAAAAGUGGAAAGAGUAACAUCAUUGAUUUUGCUUUUAUAAGAACUUGAAAGGCCAUGUUUAUUGGCAUUUUUUCUUCAAAGUGACCAACAGAACAUUGCCUUUGGGGUCCUAAGACAUUGCACAAACCCUUUUGUGUCCAUACAUAUCACAGUAACAACUACCAACAGAUCUGUGAAAUCACAGCCAAUCAGAAUGCACCAAACUUAAUGUGGAGUCGGUGUGUAGUUAUGCUAAAACAAUGUCGGACACCGUAAUCUUCUCUGGUCCCCUCCCCAAUCUGAUCAAUGAUGACAUGUAUAGCCGC